AUGGCUACCUCUUUGAAACCAGAAUCUCAAAUCAAGAAGUCUAAGGCUCAACAAAAGUCUGCUGAAGACAGAAAGGCUGCUAAGGCUGCCAGAAAAGUCACCAGCGCUGAAAAGAGAAAGACUAUCUACGACAGAACUGCUGCUUACACCAAGGAGUACGCUGAUGCCGAAAGAUCUGUCAUUGAAGCCAAGAGAGAAGCCAAGGCUGCUGGCUCCUACUACGUUGAUGCUCAACCUAAGUUGGUCUUCGUUGUCAGAAUCAAGGGUAUCAUGAAGAUCCCACCAAAGCCAAGAAAGGUUAUGCAAUUGUUGAGAUUGACUCAAAUCAACGCCGGUGUUUUUGUCAGAUUGACCAAGGCUACUGAAGAAUUGAUCAAGUUGGCUGAACCUUACGUUGCCUACGGUUACCCAUCUUUGUCUACCAUCAGAAAGUUGGUUUACAAGAGAGGUUUCGGUAAGAUCAACAAGCAAAGAAUUGCUUUGUCUGACAACUCUAUCAUUGAAGCUUCUUUGGGUCAAUACGGUAUCUUGUCUAUUGAAGACUUGAUCCACGAAAUCUACACUGUUGGUCCUAACUUCAAGCAAGUUAACAACUUCUUGUGGCCAUUCAAGUUGUCUAACCCUAACGGUGGUUUCAGAGCUAGAAAGUUCGAACACUACAUCCAAGGUGGUGACACUGGUAACAGAGAAGAUGCCAUCAACACUUUGAUCAAGAAGAUGAACUAA